AUGAAAACGCAAACGUUACUAUUGUUGCUAAGUGCAUGCUGCUUUGCUUCAGCCGUUUCAAAUGACAGUAAAAGUACAGACAAAGGUAAGGGUAAGGGCAAGGGUAAGGGCAAAGGUAAAAGUAAAGGCAAAGGCGAAGGCAAGGGGGGUAACUGGGGGCAUAACGUAACUUCGCACAAUGCCAAUUCAACUUCGAACUUGACUUCCACUGCCACCGCAGCUAGAACCACUACUCAAGUUGGUGAUGCUGUUAAAGGUAUGAAUAUUGCUGGUGCCGUGGGCGCGUUGGCCGUUGGUGCCGUGUUAUUGUAA